GCAAUUUUCGACCACAACCAGUGUUGCCACAAAACGAAAGUCACUGUUUUCAAUUGACGUUUGAUAAAAAAGGACUUGUUACCUAAUAGCCGAUUGUCCUCAUCAUGUCUUUGGGGUUCGUUCAGAGACGUUUCAUGAGCAGCGCGCUCCAAAAAUGGGCGUACAGCAUCUCCGGGUUCAAUAAAUUGGGGCUCAUGAGAGACGACUGUUUGGACGAAACCGCCGAUGUAAAGGAAGCACUUCGCAGACUGCCACAGCAAGAAGUAGACGCCCGCAAUUACCGCAUCCUUCGAGCCGUUCAAUUGUCAAUCCAGAAAGACAUUCUCCCCAAAGACCAAUGGACUAAACUGGAAGAAGACCGCCUUUACCUGACCCCAAUCGUACAACAAGUGGUCAAAGAGAGAGAAGAGCGCGAGGAAUGGGAGAAAAAUUAUUAAUAGUUUGGUGUUUCGUAGUUGUAAAUUGUAAAAAAUAAAUUAUUAAAAGUA